AUUUACCCUUCUGUCUUCCACGUAAGGAUGGCAAUUUCCUCCGCGACCCGCAGAGGUUCACGGAGAUACCCGCCACGGGGAUGGAGAUUCUCAGAAUAUUCCUACCCGUGGGGCGGGGAUGGAGUUGGAGACAAGAGUUUCAUCGCCAUCGCCGCCACCACCUCUGCCACCGCUGUGCACCCACCUUGUCUUCUUUCCUCUUGGACAGCUAUCCCGAUUAUUACUGACUUAGGCAUCGGAGUGUCUACCCCGAGUUUCACCUCAGGCUUUGCAGGUCAUCUCGGAGUGCAAGUGCGGACUGAAGAAGGACUUUUGUUCCCAGUUGUAAAGAUCAGAACCGAGUCAGAGUUGGAGCAAAGAGGAAGAAGAAUUAGAGUUGGGAGCAAAGAGGAAUUGAAAGGGAUGAGUGUGUUUGGGGGAGACAGCUGGGCGAGAGAAGCACAGCACAGGAAGAGGAGAGUAGACGACGUUGUAAUUGAAGGGAUUCAUGCCUCUUCUUACAAGAAGCUUUCUAACGGCAAAUACGCAUGUCUUGUUUGCCCUCAAAACCCCAUCCUCGAUACCCCGCUCAUGCUUUCUUUUUACUUAUGGCACUCUGGCUAUGUUCUUCCUCUCAAUGACGCUAUGAUGCAUUGCAAAGGGUCACGCCAUCGAGCCGCGGAGUCCAAACUGAAGGAAAGAGAACUUGUGAGACGAGAUGAAGUUAACAAGAGAAUAGCUUUGGCAGACUCGCCUAUAGCCUCUGCCACCUCUACCUCCAACAAAAAAGUUGGUUCAGUGAGCAAACCAUUAAUUCAACAGACAAGGAAGGCUGCUUCUGAGAUAUUCUCUGAUAAUACUCCUAAGAAUGAUUUUAUAAAUCAAAAUCAAGACAGUGGGGGAAAUGUAAUCAAUGCAAUAUCAAACAUUAGUGAGAAUCACUCUUUUAUUGCAACUGCAGCAUCUGAAAGCAUUGUUGUACAGCAGCAAUUGGACUUUUGUGAACGUAGAGAGAGAGAACUGAAAUUUACUGCUGCAGGUUGGAAACGUGAUUGCCAUGGGAAAUGGUACAAGGAUGAAAAUGUUGAGUUUGACUCUGAUGAAGAAGACCCAAAUGUCACUCUUGGUUGAAGUUUUGGAAGACACUUACCAAUCAAUAUGGAAUCUAAAUGCUGCUAACAAACAGCUUCAAUGUUAGAGAACUUGGUAUGCAAAAGGAGUGCUUACUCAGCUAUUGCAAUUUCAUUAUACCAUACCAAUUUUGGUUCUUAAUUGAUGUCUCUUUGGACCUAAUGGCUGGAAUCUUGUUCGAGGUUGGAAUCACUGAUUCAUGGAUUGUGUUUGAGCAUGUCUACUAGUCUUCAUAAUGCCAAUCCCAACACACAAAUGUCCAAGGUCUAACCUGCAGUUACCUCUUACAUCACUGAAAUAUGGCAGCAGGUGUGUGAUUUUAAAUUUUAAAUUAUUAUAAAAGAGUUAAGUUUUUCUUUUUUUUGGACAUGCAAAUGCCUUUGAAAUUUUUCUUUAGAUAUGUAUGGAGUCAAUACUUUUUAAAUUGUAUUUAAAUGGAAACAACAAACUCUUCUAAAAAUGAAAUUAGAGUUCAAAU